UAGGGUUGGAACUGAGGAAUUAGCUUUAGUUAAAUUUUACACUUCAAUGUUCAAAGUUGUUGAAUCCCAUUUGAAGUUACCAACUUUGGUUUUAAUUUUCAUGGAAAGAUUUGAUUUUUAUUUUUGUUGAAGUAAGUUUAUGUGGGCCUUGUAUAGUUGUUUGGCUAGUAAAACGUUGUGCUUGGAUUGUUGAAUUGUUAGAUUUCAAAGUCUUUAACUUUUGAUCAAUUGGUGUGAUUGAACUUACCAAAUUGAAGGUGUUUGUGGGGAGUGUGCCUAUGUGAAAAGUUGGUUUUAAACUCUGUUUUUAUUGAUUUAACUCAUUGGAGAGUAAUUGUGACAUUGUUAUAUUGUUGUGUUUGACUUAGAUGAUUUUGUUUACUAGAUGAUGGUGGAAUCGGCACAUUAAGAAGGGAUAGAUGUGUGAGAAAUUGAGGCUGCAAUUGACAACAAAGCAGUAAAAAGAUUGGACUCUGAUUUUUAUGUUUUAAUAAAAGAUGGAAAAGAAUGGUGUAGAGAAUUGGAGGGAGAUGGUGAGGAGGAUGCUUCCUCCCGGAGUUCCGCUCCCGGAGGAGAAUGCCAUGGAUUACUCAAUAGCGUCAGAGUAUACUGGUCCUCCAAUAUCGUAUGAGGUUCCUAGAGUAGAACCCAUUGAUGUGAAUUCUGGUGCAAUUCCCCAAGCAUCUAUCGCAGUACCUCUUUCAGAAUCAAGAAGAUCCGUAGGCCGGGAUGUUACGCCAAGUCAGAGUCCAAGGAUUUCAGGUAGUUCAGAAUCCCAGGUGUCUGUACUGCAGAGCCCUGAUUCUUCUUCAGGUUCCCCCUCAGCAUCCCCCGGGUCCGAGCAUAAUCCCUCUGAGAAUGCUGCAAAGCACAAUGAAGGGAGAAGAGCUCAUAUGGUUACUUUCAAUACUAUUAAUAGAUCCGAAAGAAAAGUGGUAGACAUUGAGAAUCAAGUCUUUCCGGAAUACGUUGGAGUUUCCAAGGAAAGGAAGAAGAAAAAGAAAUCAAGAUUCUGUUAUAGGUGUGAGAAAGGGAAGUGGGAAAAUAAAGAGGCGUGUUUGGUUUGUGAUGCAAAGUAUUGCAUCAAUUGUGUGCUCAGAGCAAUGGGUUCAAUGCCCGAGGGGCGCAAAUGUGUAAGUUGCAUUGGCGAGCCAAUUGAUGAGUCGAAGAGGUUCAAACUUGGCAAACAUUCAAGAGUGUUAUCACGUUUGCUUAGUCCCCUGGAAGUCAAGCAAAUAAUGAAAGCAGAAAAAGAAUGUGCGGCUAAUCAGCUCCGACCGGAGCAGUUGAUUGUUAAUGGAUUUCCUUUGAAGCCUGAUGAGAUGGCAGAACUCUUCGGGUGCCCUUUACCGCCUCAGAAGUUGAAGCCUGGAAGUUAUUGGUAUGACAAGGAAUCUGGACUUUGGGGAAAGGAAGGAGAAAAACCUGACAGAAUUGUGAGCUCAAACCUGAAUUUUACUGGGAAACUUAAUCCGCAUGCAAGCAAUGGAACCACACAGGUCUAUAUUAAUGGCCGAGAGAUAACUAAACUGGAACUCAAAGUGCUAAAGCUUGCAAAUGUGCAAUGUCCUCGUGACACUCACUUUUGGGUAUAUGACGAUGGUCGCUAUGAGGAAGAAGGACAAAACAAUAUUCGGGGUAACAUAUGGGAAAAGGCAUUAACGCGGUUUAUCUGCUCCCUGUUGUCGCUGCCAGUACCUACUGGUCAGCCCCAUGGACAGAGGGAUGAACCUAGCAAUUAUACUACUGUUACAAAUUAUAUAGAGCAAAAAAGGGUUCAGAAGCUACUUUUACUUGGACUUGAAAGUUCUGGAACAAGCACUAUUUUCAAACAGUUCACUGCUGAAGAAGUUCAAGAUAUCAAGCUGAUGAUUCAAAGCAAUAUGUACAAGUAUCUGAGCAUUCUUCUUGACGGCAGGGAGCGCUUUGAAGAGGAGGCUUUGUCAAGAAUAGAGGCUGAAGGUGGUGACGUGGAAUCUUCUGAAAGUAACCAAUGCAUCUAUUCCUUGAACCCGAGGUUGAAGCAUUUCUCUGAUUGGCUACUGGACAUCAUUGCUACCGGAGAUUUAGAUGCAUUUUUCCCUGCAGCAACACGCGAAUAUGCUCCUCUGGUUGAAGAGGUGUGGAAGGAUCCUGCUAUACAGGAAACAUACAAGAGAAGAAAUGAGCUUCAUUUCCUUCCAGAUGUAGCAGAUUACUUCUUGAGUAAGGCUGUUGAGCUGUCAAGCAAUGAGUAUGAACCUUCAGAGCGAGAUAUACUGUAUGCUGAAGGAGUUACACAAGGUAAUGGUUUGGCUUUUAUGGAGUUCUCCUUGGAUGAUCGUAGCCCAAUGUCUGAAAUCUAUGGAGACAACCUGGAAUCUUCUGCACCACCUCUGACUAGCCUAGGUGACAGACUAAUUUCAUUUCCUGACAGGUACCAGCUAAUCAGAGUAAAUGCCAACGGAAUGAAUGAAGGAUGCAAGUGGGUGGAGAUGUUCGAAGAUGUUCGUGUUGUAGUAUUUUGUGUGGCCCUGAGUGACUAUGAUCAGAUUUGGCUUGCUCCUGAGGACAGCGGUAGUGGCACACUACUUCAGAAUAAGAUGGUGCAUAUCAAAGAACUCUUUGAAACAAUGGUCAGACAUCCCUGUUUCAAAGAAACCCCAUUCGUUUUAAUCUUGAAUAAGUAUGAUCUAUUCGAGGAGAAGAUUGCUCGGGUACCAUUGGACUCUUGCGAGUGGUUCAGUGAUUUCAGUCCAGUGCGGACUCACCAUAGUAACCAGUCACUAGCAAACCAAGCAUAUUAUUAUGUCGCAAUGAAAUUUAAAGACCUCUAUGCUUCUCUCAUGGGUAGAAAGCUAUUUGUGUGGCAAGCUCGUGCAAGAGACCGAGUGACAGUUGAUGAGGCAUUCAAGUAUAUAAGGGAGGUCGUGAAGUGGGACGAGGAAAAGGAAGAGACCUACUAUGGUGGAGUGGAGGACUCAUUUUACAGUACAACUGAUGUUAGCUCUUCUCCGUUUGUCCGACAAGAGUAAAAUAGUGUAGACAUAUCUUGAUAUUUGUAGAUAGAGAAAAGAAAAAGGGAGAUGACAUCAAAGAAGUUUAAUCAACUUUUUUCACCAUUUCCUUGUCAUGGUCUUUCUUGAUGAUGGUGUUUCAAGUUAUCUAGAGUCUAUAAGCUGUGCUUCGGCAACAAUGAGAAUUAGAAAGACCUAAAGCAUAAAACAAGCAACAAUGACUUCAAA